AUGGUGGGAAAAAAUCCGCGCCAAAUCCGCGCGAUUCAGGGAAUAAAUUUGCGCCAAAUCCGCGAAAGUGUGAAGGCUCAACCAAUCGAUCCGGACCUGACGGCCAAAAUGUUGGGCCGAGGUGUUGCCGUAUCACCGGUGGUAACCGUCGAGCCCCGGCGCCGCAAGUUCCACAAGGCCAUAACGCUCAGCAUGCCGGCACCGCGGGCCCACAGCCAGGGCAUGAUCAACCAGUACUCGGGCAAUGCACCCACCCUGCGACUAUUGUGCUCCAUCACCGGUGGUACAACUCGCGCCCAGUGGGAGGACGUCACCGGUUCCACUCCGCUGACCUUCGUGAACGAUUGCGUGUCCUUCACCACCACUGUGUCUGCCCGUUUCUGGCUCAUGGACUGCCGAAACAUAGCCGAUGCCACCAAGAUGGCGACCGAACUGUACAAAGAAGCCAUACACGUUCCGUUUAUGGCCAAAUUUGUCGUUUUCGCCAAACGCACCGACCCACUGGAGGCGCGGCUCCGCGUCUUCUGCAUGACAGACGACCGCGAAGACAAGACCCUAGAACAUCAGGAGCACUUUACCGAGGUCGCCAAGAGUCGCGACGUCGAAGUACUGGAAGACAAACCGCAGUACAUCGAGCUGGCCGGUAACCUGAUACCGAUCACCAAGUCCGGCGAACAGCUGAGUCUAGCGUUCAAGGCCUUCCGAGAAAACCGACUGCCCUUCGCGGUUCGCGUUAAAGACCAACAUGCCGACAUCGUUGGCCGUACGCUCUUUAUGCGCGAACCCAAGAUCGCCAAGGGUGAACCACCCCAGCAACCGAUCUGUAUCCUGAACAUCGUACUGCCGGAAACCAUCAUACCCGAUCAUACCACGACUAUAGAAGACUCGCAGGAAAUAUUGGUCCGAGUAGGACGAGCUGCCCGCGUCUCGCCGCGAGAUCAGAACUACCUUGGAGAACUGCGCGUUGUCGACAUCUCCAACCUUCUUGGCGAAGACUGGGUCAAGUUGGCUCCGGAAAUCGGAGUUAGCGAAACCGACGUCGAGAACAUCAUCGCUCAAAACCCGACGAGUAGCGCCCAGCAGGCCCAAGCCAUGCUCAAACAGUUCCAAUCCAAAGCCAAGAACGACUUCAACAUCCUGGAAAAUGGCCUGCGAACGAUUCAUCGAGACGACAUUGUCGAUCGGUGUCUAAGAACCUCUACUACCACAACCACCACAACCGUGACCAUGCGAAACAAAACUGCCUUCUCGAUUAGCAAACGAAGCCACGACGUGGACAUCAUCACCGAAACCGACUCCAUUGCGAAGUUGGUACAAAAAGAUGACAACCAAUAUGCCAAGGAGGAGUCCAGCAAGUACUCGGUCGAAGAGAAACGCGUCGAAGAAUCGGAAGAAUCAGAAGAGGAAACCAUCAAGAAGACGGUAGCCGAGCGAAGAAAACAGAUCGAGAAACGUCUGUCAGCCGACCGAUCGAUUCCCGCAUCGAUGCAGAAGAAGGAAAUUGUCGAAGAAAUCAUUACCAUCAAGCGAUCCAGCAUGAUCGACGAUACCCGAGCGAAGCACGAAGAAGAAAUUCUUAUGCAAAAACCGAUCGACAAUACGUACAAAUCAUCGGUGAUACCGGAACCGGUGGUGAAGUUGAAAACGACCCAUCUCAAAGACGGUUCCAGUGUACCGAAGGAUGAAUUCGACAAAGAACUGCAGGAUAAAUUCAAAGCAACCCUGAAGAACGUCGAAGAUUUCGAGCACAAGUCACAAAUUCUUGCAGCGGAAAAAGUGGACACCUCCGCCAAGAUAGUUGACGAAAUCGCCAAGAAAGACGCCCCAGAGUUCACACCCAAACCAGACGAACAGAAACCAAGUGCUGACCUGCAGAAGCCCAAGCCAGCACCGGAAGAACCAAAACCGAAAGACGACCGAAAGAAACCGGACGAUGACGAUGAGGAUGACGACCAUCAGGAUAAACAACCCGUUCCGAAGGAACGAGUUCCAGUCCCAACCAAGCGAAUCAGCAUGACGCAAGAAGACGACACUUCGGACUCCAGUGGAGUGGUGAGCGAAUCCAUCAAGAACGUCCAGGAGAAGAUCAGCUCGUUCGAAACUAAAUCCAGCGAAUCGAGCAAGCGUACCUCAUGGGCCGCUAAGGAAUCGUCUUCAAGUGGCUCGAAGCAAUGGUCCGAAGAGCAGGAAAUUCUCUCGCAAAAGGCACAAUUUGAUGCGGCGGAAUCUGCUCUCGGCCAAUGGACCGAGGAGGAUGAAAUUCUCUCGCAGCAGAAACAAUUCCAACAAUUAGCUGCAGAGAAAUCAACCGUGCCACUGAAGGAACAGUGGUCCGAGGAACAGGAGAUCCUUGCACAGAAAGUGGAGUUGGAGAAAAUGGAGGAAGCCGUUGAAGCCAAGCUUGGCAAAUGGGCAGAAGAAGAGAUUCACGAAAUGGAAGCCUACAAGCACGAAAUUGAACACAUUGCUGAAGAGCAGAUUAAACACCAGAAAGAGUUGAUUGAGGAAAAGUUCGAGAAGCUGGAGGAGGAGUUCCUGACAAAGGUAGCUGAGGAGAAGAAGGGUUUGUUCGAGCAGUUCGAGCAGAAAGUCGUCGGAUUAAAAGAUGUGACGAGCGAAGGACACGGUAAGGUAGAAACGAUGGAUCAGCAGUUCCAAGAGAAGAAAUCAGAAGUGUUUAGUAAGAUUGAGGAGAAAGUUACCAGCGUGACAUCGAAAGCGGAAUCGUUUGCAGAGAGCUUCAAAGCCGGCGCCACCAAGAUCGAAGGAAUGGGUGAUGGCGUUCGACAGCAAGUUCAAGAGUUUUCGGCACAAAGCUCCGAGACGAAGAGUUUCGUGGACCAGAAAACCGAUACAACGGUGAAGGAGAUUCGGGACUCCGAAGUGGUGUCAGAAAUCAAGGAAUCAACUCAACAAAGCAAGCAAGCUGUCGACAGGGCAGCUGAAGCUGUAGCGAAAGAAACGACCAUGAGUUCUGAUCAGGAGCUUCCCAGUGUUCAGGAAGCAUUUACCAAAGAAACCUUCGCUAGCGUGCGUGAAGAAGUCAUCAGCAAGGAUUUGACUGGUACGUUGAAAGAAAGUGCGGAGAAAACAACAACCGAGGUCGAAACUGGUCUCCGUCUGGGCGAUGAAAUUAUAGCGGAGAAGGUUUCAGAAAUCGGAGAAGAGUUCCGACGAACGGAGGAAACACCCGCUGUCAAACCAGAUGAGAAGCCAUCAAUCGUGGAAACUGUCAAGAAAACGGUUACUCAAGAGGUGACCUCAAAGAUUCCCGUAUUGGCCAAGCGUACUUCACCAGACGAGCCUGCGAAACCAAAGGAAGAACCGAAGGUUGAGAAAACGCCAGAACCAACCAAGGAAGCAGUUCGGGAGUCCGUGGUUGAGGCAGCUCAGACUGUUGUGAAGCAAGUGGAAGCAGCAGUUUCCAAAAUCCCUCGAUUCCACGAAAGCACCAAGCCCGCAACUCAUCAUGCGGAAGCAUCUGCUGUAAAAUCUCCAGAACAUGAAGUGACCACAUCAAAGAUCCCGAUCUUCAAGGAGCGCAGAGUCUCGGAACAGUUUUCGAGUGACUCUUGCGAGACUGUAAUCACACAAAAGACGCUCCGUGAGCAGGAGUCGUUUUUGAAAUCCGACAGUGAUGAAAAACCGAUAAAGUCCAUUACGAUUGACGACGAACCCUGCGAAGAGAUAACCAGUCGCGAGGUGAAGGAAGUACUCAGCUUUACGACAAUCGACGAGACGGUGCUCAACGAACUUAUCACCGAAGAUGAAAGGGCCGUUACCCCGGAUGAUUUCAUUGACGAGAUCAUCGAGGAAGCCCAGGAUAAGGUCCAGCGGAUGCAGGACACCGAAAUCGCUGCCUACACGCUGGAUCUGAGCAAAUCCGAAGACGAUGUUCAAGAGAAAUCCCCUCACCCGAUUCCGGAGUAUGUCACCGAACGUUACGAACACGACUACGAAUAUCACGACGAAGAACACGAAAAGUGGCAAGACGACGCCCACUCGCUGGUACCGGACAAUGCCUCCACGACGGAUUUCGAGGCAUUCCGAGAGUACCACUGGCUGGACACUCCGGACUCGGCGACCGCAGCGCAAACCAAGCUAUCCAAGAGCGCUGCCCCUACACAACCGUCCACCGCUCAGGGCGUAGUAUUAGCAUCGACCGAAGACUUGGACACACUGAGCCUUCAAUCACCCGACGUCAUCGGGGAACGUAAACAACAAUCACAAACAACGGAACAAGCUCAGGACAGUGACGAAACGACACGGACCACCAAGGCCCGAAAAGACUUUAACCUAGACCUUGACCCAACCACGACUUCUCGCAGCAAACCAGAACGUAAAGCACACUUUGAGACGCACUCGAACCGUGGCACUUCUCCAAUGACAGACAUUGUCGAAUCACCGGACAGCGUACACCAUUACGCACGUGGUGAAUCUCCGGCAAUCAAGCUUGUCAUCGGCCGGAAGGAAAUAAAGACCUCCGAUACGUCGGCCAUCACCGAAAGUCGAUUAACCGUCUACGGACACAAAGAUGUCGAGAUUUCAAUCAGCUCCCAGUCAACCAUCAGUCUGACCACUACGACCACCUCGAAAGAUGGUCGAGAAGUCAGCUCUGAAGUGAUCAGCACUGGAAGCACUGGAAGAGACUCUACUACAACCAAACGCUAUAAACAGUUCAAACUGAUAGACGACGAACAGGACUCGGAACGCGUUGAACGCAAACGAGACGAUACAGUUUCAUUCUCCAAAAAGAAGAGCGUCUACCUCUUCGGUAGCUUCGACUCAAGCAGUGAGUCCCCAAUCACAGAAGCCAGCGGAUCAGGACAUGUAACCGAUACCGGCAUAUCGUUAACAAGAGGCUUCACCGAAACCAUGACAUCUCCAGGUAUUGUGUCCUCUUCCGAAGAAAAGAACAAGAAAAUCAGCAUCGUGACCGACACUGCCGUCGACGUGGAGAUCGAAGAACUGGAGCUCACCGAUGCUGGACUAAGCCCAAUACAACCGGACGAAACCGACAUCACAGCCGACUUCCAGAUUGCCGAGGAAGACGUCCAAUACGCACAUGCCGGAACAAGCCCAGUAGACUUUGAAGAGCACUCUGUAUCUGCUGCUAUGGACACUUCCGAAGCGGCAACUCUCACCGAUCGUGUAGAAACUAAAGACGCUUCCAACAGUCCCCUGGAUGCACACAUCACAUCCAUUCUGAAGCGGGACCUUACCAAAAUGACCGACGAAGAACUAUUAACAGGACGCCGUGGCUCGGGAGACGUCAAGGCCAAGAUCAAAAUCCUGGAACAAAACCAAAAAAUCCACAGUGCUCAAAGCUCUCCCAAGAAGAAGGUCGAGUUUGAAGACCACCAAAUCAAGCACUUGGACGUGCAAGACUCCCCGAAAAAGCAAAAGUAUGCAUCCGCCAAAAUCAGUGAACUGAAGAAAAUUUUCGGCGAAGAACAGGAGCCGGAGGAGUCCAACAUCAUGUCCGAAUCGAUUCCACCCAUCCACGAGGUAAUCAAACAGCUCGAAAAACGCAUUGCCGUUGAACAAAUUGACAAAAGGGUGCUGGAUCAAGUGGACGCUUCGGCCGUUCGUAUUCUUCCACCUCCCGCUCCGAAAAAAGAAACCCUAACCGAUCGAGACAUACUGGACUUGGAAGCACAAAUCAUUCCCGCUGAAAAGAUCCUACCAACCAAAGCACUUCCUCUGGAUCAAACUGAAGAAGAAGUCAAGAUAACCAAACUAGUACACGGUGUACAACAGCUCGGUCUACAGGAGCAGCAUCAGCGAGACCUACUCGAACAAAAGAAAGAAAUCGAUUCAAUUGCACAACUCGAAGAACCGAUUUGCGAGAGGAUCGUAUGCAAGAAACACGUCCCCGAAUUGACCGAGGAUGUAGUCGAAGAAUUCGAACAAAAACGAGCCAACGACCUGAUUAAGAUGUUCGAAAGUAAGCAAUCGGCACCGAUAGAAUCUCCACCCAGAAGCCCAAAAUUCAAACGAUCAAAAACACAAGACGGCCCCAAAGCGGCAGUUCUCUCAACAGUCGAGGUAGAGAAAACCAUUCACAGUCAUGCUAUUCUAACAAAGUCGGAAGAAACACAACAGGAGCGUCAAAUUAUCGAAAUGGAAAAACUAGAAUCGGAAACCCGAUCGACAGAAUCUGGCAAACCAGCAUCGCCAGUUGCUGAAGCUGAGCCAGUCGAAGCUGUACUUGUCGAAAAGGUAAAAGAAAUCUCAACAGUCAAACCAGAGGAAAAACCCACCGUUGAGAAGGAUAUUUCGCCAGUUGAAGCCAAGACUGACGAAACAGAGAAAUCAGUUGAGCCAGUCGAAGCUGAACUUGUCGAUAAGGUAGAAGAAAUUUCUGAAGUCAAACCAGAAGAGAAACCUUCCGUUGACAAGGCUAUUUCGCCAGUUGAAGCCAAGACUGUUGAAGCUAUGAAACCAGCAUCACCAGUUGCUGAAGAUGAACCAGUCGAAGCCGAAGUUGUCGAAAAGACUGAUGUACAACAUGUUGAUACGAGUAUUUCAACUGAAACGACCACUCUUAGAAAAGUAAUGGAACUAACUGAUAUGGUAAAGACUUCGCUAGAACUGAGACUCCAAUCGAUUCAAGCAGAGAAAUCCACUGUUGCGCAAGAGUCUGAUCACGCUUUUGUCAGCGAUGAAAGGUGUGAUACAGAUGCGGAGCGAAUUGGCAAGAAAGAGCUUUCCGCACCAUCUGAACGUUCAGAUAUUCUGGAAGAUCUAAGACGAGAAGAGUCACGUUUGGCAGAUACGAGAAAGAGUUCACUUUCUGCUGUUGAAGGUUCCAACUAUGACGAUGAUUCACCACUGCUCACUGAUUUUACGACGUCUUCGAUAACAUACGUUAGCGAACGAAUUGACUCAUCUUCUUUAGAGCUGAUGGCGGGAGAUAGCUUGGGAGAUUUCCUGAAAAUAACACCAGCAGCGGAUAGGAAACCCGACGUAAUAUCUCCAAGCUCUUGCAUUUCUUAUGCAACGACCAUCAGUGAGACGAUUGAAUCCUACACCCACGAUACCGAUCGAUUACAAUACGCUGGAGGAUCAAUCCAGCAGGAUAUACCAACGGAGUACGAGCGUUCCGUUUCCUUGAGCGACAACGCUGCCUCGGACUUUUCAACCGAGUCGGCUACGAAAUACAAUCUGCCUUAUGACACAGAAUCGGACAGCCAUGAUGUUGUAACGAGCCUACAAAAGCCUCGUGACGAAUUGCAGGAAAUAAGAAUGGUUAAACCCGCUAAGCUGAUGUCCAUCGACCCCCGACACGAGUCAGCUUCGCCUCAAAGUGAUGUGACCGAAUACACGGAAAGUGUGUCCUAUGUAGAGUCAAUUAUUGACAGUACAAACUAUGAUAACGCCUUAAAACAGAGAGAGAAGCUGCAGAUGGAGCAGCAUCAGAAACAAGAGGAGAAAAAAGAUGCUCAGGAAAAGUUGAUUCAAGAGAAGCGUCAAUUGGUGAAGGAGGAAAAGGAGAAAUUGAUUUCGAAGAAACAAAUAGUCGACAAGAGAGAAACAAGUCCGAUGAAGAAGAAGUCUAAACCAAAAGCCACAAUAACUAAAAUAAACUUACAGAAGCAAACGCCUAUCGAAAUUUCGAAACAAUCAACAAAAACCGUUGACAUCAAGUCAGGUUCGAGAAGUGUAGAAUACACUACAAGUACUAGCCGAAGUACCACGGUAUCACGCACGUAUACUAGUACAAGAACACACGGAUAUAUGCAAUCUACGCUUUCACGGGACCAGAAGGUACUGAAACCAUUGACCCUUACAGAAUCUACACACUCUUCUCCGGUGAAGUCUUCCCAUCGCUCGACAACCUCUUCAACGGUGGUACAAUCAUCAACGGAGAGGCGAGCUAAAUCUUCCAGAGAUACCUCCAGUGGCCGUGCCGAUGUGGCAAGUACCAAGACCCUAUCCAAAUCUGAACCAAUAAGUUCAAGCGCUGUGAAGAAACAAGAGCCUAAGCCAGGAGUGCAUAGCACUAAGCCUACAAAAACUUCCACUGAACGUUCCGAACGAACAGGAAGAUCAUCUUCCUCGUCUGUAACAAGCAGCACUACUCGAUCGCAUCGUAGUAGAAAGUCUAUAACCGAAGCAUUCGACAAGCAUGAACCAGUAAAAAAGGCUGACAAAGAACAAGCCAACUUAGUCACAAAAACUACAGUAAGUUCAUCAAAGAGCACGAAAGAACGAGCCAAUAAGAGUUUGAUACCGGUGAAGGUUUCCAGCAGUAAGGGUAGUCCGAAGAAGGACGUCCCUCUUAAAACCACUGUUGAAAAAUCGCCAGUGAAGAAACCUGCCAAAACGGUAAUUGAGGUCAAACCUCAGGAAACUGUGAUAGUGAAGACAUCUAAGGCCGUCACCACCGAUACAGCGCAGAUGGCAACUGCAGCUAAAAUUGGAUUCGUCAAAACAGCGCCACGAGUGACGAAAACUGUACACACGUCCGGUGAUUCGAAACGGGACGACACCUACCGCUGCAAGUCCGCUAUGCACUACUCGUACAAGGAUGCCGUCACGUUUGAUCACGCUGAAAUUCCGUCUUCGUUACCGUCUAGUCCGAGCCGUCUCAAUAAAAGUUCCUCCAAUAGUACAAAUGUGUUGACCAGCGAAGUCUUCACACGUACCAUCGACUCGUCGAAGUCGAUCGAAGUGAUCUACAGACAACCGUCGACCUCUAACGAACUCAUACGAAAAAUCAACGAAUAUCGUUACAAUGACAUUGACCUGACGACCGACUCUAGUCUAUCCGACUCCAUAGCACUGCCUUCGUCGUCUUCCGAGCACGAAAGCGACGUCCUUGGUAAACGUAAACGUUCCGGCAGUCCAGCUUCUCCCAAACCGUACACAACGACUUCUUCUGCGUCAUCGUCCACGGCGGUAACCACCCGUAAACAAGCCGCCACUACCGUAUCAAGCUCGACUAGUCAGCAGAUCAUAAGCGAGCAAAAGUACCGCAAGUCAGACAUAUGGAUGCGUACCGGUCCCCAACCAUCGGACGUCACCUCCGUACCCCUCGACAGUGGUGACGACGAGAUCUAUCAGGCGUUGCAUGGCGUCGAUCGCCGCACGGUGGCCUCCCUCGACGGAAUUGUGAUGGAAAGUCGCAUCUCACCGAUACUCGACUUUCGGGCAUCCACGCCGCCACGUCUGAAGUAUAAGUUUGAUUACGAUAGUUCCCUGUUUACAGGUAAAUGUUCCAACUCUCCUGCUCGCAAUCUCUAUGCCAAAAAGUAA